UAUAAACACCACUAGACAGGGGAUAUGACAGUUUUAUAGAAAAUCGUUGAGCGCCUGUCAAUUGCGAUGCUUUGAUCAGCAUCCCUAGGGGCUGCUCCUUGACGCAUUCCUAACAACUGUAGGUAGUUCAGUAGAGAACGAGGAACACUACUAAGAUAAGCCGUCGUGCCAGCCGUUUGCCAGGUCAGCGCUUUUCGAUGCGGUCCAUUUCACCUACUGUAGGCCAUCCUUUACCGUGCAACAGAACGCUAGGAAAAGGUGGCACACAACCUGAUACAACAACCGUUUACUUUGCGAGUGUCAUUUCCCAUUCUAACUCCCAAGCGUGGAGUCCAAGGCGACAGCCAUUCAAGCCACAGCACUUUGCAGGGCUGUUGUCUGAACUCCUCCAUCUUCGUUACAUCCUUUUCCAAAUGCAAGGAAAUCAGCAGCAGCCCCAGCAUCAGCAGCCCGCUGAUGAUCGGGAACUUCCUCCGAACACUUCCCCGCAGCAGCCAGGUCCGUCACGCAUCUGGCAUCAGCUGCAGCCCGAGCUCGCGGAGCGCAUCAUCAGCUUCCUGCCGCCCAACGAGGUCGCCUGCACCGUGCGGCUGAUCAACAAGGCUGCGGCCGCGCAGUUCCGCGGGCCUGGAUACACCACCGUGAAGCUUUCUUCCCAUGUGCCGCCCCACGCAUUCAAGGAGCAAUGGGAGCGACCUGGCGUCAUGCGUGGGAUGUCGCUCCAGCGGCGGCAGGCGCUGCAGAUGCUUACAGCUCACAGCGGCAGUCUGCCAAACCUCCAGGUGGCAGUUGCUGUCACAGGGAUUCUUUUGAUUCAGGCGUUCGAUGGGCGCUUGACCUCCGUUUCCCAGGCAGCGGCCGAAGCAGGCCAGCUGGAGAUGUGCCAGUGGCUGGUGCAGCAGGGCUACCCCUUGCAUAAUGUUAUUGAGGAGGCAGCUGGCGCCGGGCAGCAGGCCAUUUGCGAGUGGUGCCUGGCUGCCGGAUGCCCCUGGAGUUCUGACGCUGUGUACGCUGCAGCUCGAGGAGGCCAUGUGGGCCUGAUGGAUUGGCUGCUGCAGCUGUGCCCGGCAGAAAGUGUAUACGUUGGGGCUGAUGUGCUGCUUGACGCAGCUGUCGGCUGCGAGCUGCACACCCUGCAGCACCUGUACCAUGAAUGGGCAGGUGAGCAGCAGCUAGACUACCAUGAUCAAUUGUAUAUGGUGGCAGCUGCGGCCAGGAGCUCCACACCUGAUUGGCAGGACAAGCUAGUAUGGCUGGAAACGCAAGGCUUUCCUGGUGAUCAGGCUUGCUUGGGCGCCGCCUCCUGCCCAGACGCUCUGGAUCGAUUGAGGUGGCUGCGGGGGCGGGGCUAUCCUCUGAAUGAAGACGUUGCUUUGGUGGAAGCAGCAGAACGGGGCAACUUGGAGGUGCUGCAGUACCUGCUGCUGUCUGAGGGUGUCGAGCCCAGUCUGGAAUGUGGUAGAAUGGCUGCUAGGUGUGGCAGCCUGGGAGCGCUAACCCUGCUGCAUGCCCAUGGCUGCCCAAUGGACAUGGAGACGGUCCGGGCUGCAGCAAGGAAGGGGCACCUGCAAGUGGUGGUCUGGCUGGUGGAGGCGCUGGGCGCAGCACUGCAGCUGGGCGCAGAGGAGUUCAGCAGUGCUGCCUGUUCAGGCAACCUGGAGCUGCUGAGGUGGCUGCAUGAGAGGGGCUGCCCCUGGGAUGCAGAUGCCAUUGCAGGAGCUGCGGGGUCAGGGUGUGAGGAAGCACUGGAGUGGCUAGUGGAGCAGGGCUGCCCCUUGCCGGGCGGUGGUUCCCCCUACAUGGUAGCUGCACGCAACAACGACCUGGCUACCCUGGCCUGCCUGAAGCGGCUGGGCUGCCCCUGGGGCCCGCCUGGACACCUCCUCAAGGAGUGCCUCCAACACAGCCGUCCUUGCAAUGCGGUGCUGAGCUGGCUGCUGGCAGCAGGUUAUCCCAUGACGGUGGAGGCGGCGCUGGAGGGCAUGCAGCACCCCUUUCCCUGGAGGCCCUAUGGUGCAGAUGUCUGCAUUGCGAGGCGGCUGUGGGGGUGGCUGCAGGCGAACCUGGGCCUGCAGCCGCCCCAGCAGGACCCCUGAUGAUGAGGUGGCUGGGGAGGCAGGGAAGGGGUAGGCGGUGGCAGCUGCUGGGCGUUGUGAGGGUACGGCGAAGUCAUGCUGUUGCCGUACUGCUGCCUGUCGUACGUGACAUGCAUGUGGGGUACAAUAGGUAUGGGGCGCAGGAGGGCUGUAUCCUGUUGUAAUAGAAGGUCUUGAUGCAGUGAAAAGGUUUCGUCUUGACAAG